AAAGUCGAGACAAUGAAACUAUUUAGGAGGAAUAAUAUGAAAAACUAUUCGUAUUUUUCAAUUACGCUUUAUUUUUCGUUUUUGUAUUCUCCAUGAAAUGAAAACAAAGAAUAAAAAAUAGUUCAGGAGAUCAGUCGAGUUUGUAUACUUAUCCGUCUCCGAUAAGAUAAAAUCAUUAAAUUAAAAAAAUAUUACCUAUUAAACAAUUAGUUUUUUAAAAUGUUUACAAACAUGUAAACAACUGUAUCCGACGAAACAAUGCUUCACGAGUUGAACUGUCCCCGUUUCAAUUUGCAUAAUACUUCCUCCUUCUCCGACUAACCAACUAAAUUGUCAAUGUAUGAACGUAGGUACUUAAUUCCCCUCGAAAAUCUGACCCCCUCUCCAACUUUCCACAUUCGGUGACCUGAGGACAGGUCAGUCCAGCAAAAUGACGGCCUUACACGUCGUCCUUCUCGUCAUUUUGGUCGUGGUUCAAGACGGUCACGCACAGUCAGAAGAACUCCGAGUUUCGAUAAAGUUUCCGGACUAUUUUAGCUGCGAGGGGAAAGAAGACGGGUCUUACCCGCAUCCCACGGAUUGCACCCGGUUUAUCCUCUGCGGAAAUGGGAAGGCGAGGGACGACCCGUGUCUUUGGUGUGACACGGAUGCCUACCAACAACAAUGCCAGGGGAAUAAGUAUCUCGUCUUUGAUGAUAAUACGAACAUGUGCAGAUUUCAAGCCGAAGCUGGCUGCGUUGCUGGCGGUGGGGGUGGCGCUUAUUCGGGUGGAUACAGUGGCGGGGCUGGCGGAUAUAAUGCUGACCAGGGUGGCGGUGGUUACAACGGGGGUGGUGGUGGGGGUGGCUACAACGGCGACGGCGGUGGUGGUGGCUAUAACGGCGGUGGUGGGGGUGGCUAUAACGGCGGUGGCGAUGGUGGCUACAACGGCGGUGGUGGGGGUGGCUACAACGGCGGUGGUGGGGGUGGCUAUAACGGCGGCGGCGGUGGGGGUGGCUACAAUGACAACGGUGGCGGUAGUGGUGAGGCUGACAAUGGCGACGGUGGGUAUAAUGGGGGCGGUGGUGGUGGUGGGUACAAUGGUGGCGGUGGGGGCAUUCGAGUGCGGAUUAUAGAAGAAAUGCAGGAGGCGGUUGUGCUGCAUGGAAAUGUAAUGUAA